AUGGCCGGGGGCCAGGAGGGGCCCAGCCCCCACCCCAGUGAGGAGGAGCCCGGAAAUGACGGGAGGAGCACCUCGGAAAGGGUUGUGGAUCUGCUGAACCAGGCGGCGCUGAUCGGGAAUGAGGGAAAAAUCACCAUCCUAAAACAGGUGCAGGAACUGAUCAUCAACAAGGACCCAACGCUCCUGGACAACUUCCUGGAUGUGAGGGGGGAUUUGGGAUGGGGUUGGGGGGAUUUGGGGGAAAUUUGGGGGAAAUUUGGGGGAAUUUGGGAUGGAUUUGGGGAAAUUUGCAAAAGGGACAUCGAGCUGCUGCUGAAGCUCGUGGCCAACCUCAACAUGCUGCUCAAGGACGAGAACGUCAACGUGGUCAAAAAAGCCAUCCUGACCAUGACCCAGCUCUACAAGGUGGCCCUGCAGUGGAUGGUGAAGUCCAAGGUGAUCAGCGAGCUGCAGGAGGCCUGCUGGGAGAUGAUGUCAUCCAUGGCCAGUGACAUCAUCCUGCUGCUGGACUCGGACAACGACGGCAUCCGCACUCACGCCAUCAAGUUCGUGGAGGGGCUGAUCGUGACGCUGUCCCCACGCACGGCCGACUCCGAUGUCCCCAAGAGGCACGAGAGUGUCCCCUGGGGUCACCCCAUGUUCAUGGCCGAGGUCAUCCAGGCCUACGAGACCCUGCAUGCCAACCUGCCGCCCACGCUGGCCAAGUCUCAGGUGAGCAGCGUGCGGAAGAACCUGAAGCUGCACCUGCUGAGCGUGCUGAGGCACCCGUCCUCGGGCGACUUCCAGCCCCAGAUCACCACGCUGCUGGUGGACCUGGGCACGGCACAGGCCGAGAUCGCCCGCAGCAUGCCCAGCCCCCGCGACGGCCGCAAGAGGCCCCGCGACGAGCCCGACGCUGCCCUCAAAAAGAUGAAGAUCGAGCCACCCCUGGGCGAGGAUGACGAGGACAAGGACCUGGAGGCGCCGGCCGUGGCCGUGGCCAAAGUGGCCGGAGCGGCCACCGUCCCCUCGGACACCGACAUCACUGCCGAGUUCCUGCAGCCCCUGCUGACCCCCGAGAACGUGGCCAACCUGGUGCUGAUCAGCAUGGUUUACCUGCCCGAGGCCAUGCCUGCCUCCUUCCAGGCCACCUACACGCCCGUGGAGUCCGCGGGCACCGAGGCGCAGAUCAAACACCUGGCUCGGCUCAUGGCCACCCAAAUGACGGCGGCUGGGCUGGGGCCAGGCUGGCAGGUGCAGGGGGCAGGAAGAAGGUGUUCUGGUUCUGAUCCCAUUGAUCCCAUUGGUCCCAGGCUGGCAGGUGCAGGGGGCAGGAAGAAGGUGUUCCGCCUCAGUGAGGUGCUGAAGCCGCUCAGUGAGGUGCAGGUGGAGAAGCUCAAGCUCGGCGCCGUGCGCAGAAUCCUGCGCUCCGAGAGGGCCGUGGCGGCCAGCGGGGCUGCCCAGGCCCGAGUGAAGAUCCUGGCCUCGCUGGUGACGCAGUUCGAGGUGCCCCUCAAGGGCGAGGUGCUCUCCUUCAUCCUGGACGACGUUCGGGGCCGCCUGGACCUGGCGUUCGCGUGGCUCUUCCAGGAGUACAACGCUCACCUGGCCCGAGGUGGCCCCGGUGGCCUGGAGCGCUACGACGAGUGCCUGAUCGGGCUGCUGGCCGGGCUGCAGGAGAAACCCGACCAGAAGGACGGGAUCUUCACCAAGGUGGUGCUGGAGGCGCCGCUGAUCACAGAGAGCGCCCUGGAGGUGAUCCGGAAAUACUGCGAGGACGAGAGCCGCACCUACCUGGGCAUGUCGACGCUGCGGGACCUGAUUUUCAAGCGGCCGUCGCGGCAGUUCCAGUACCUGCACGUGCUGCUGGACCUCAGCUCCCACGAGAAGGACAAGGUGCGGCAGCAGGCUCUGCUCUUCAUCAAGCGCAUGUACGAGAAGGAGCAGCUGCGGGAGUACGUGGAGAAAUUCGCCCUCAAUUACCUGCAGCUCCUGGUGCACCCCAACCCCCCCUCCGUGCUGUUCGGGGCCGACAAGGACACAGGUGAGCCCCAAAAGCCCACAGGUGCCACGGGAAAUCCCAGAUAUCCCGCGGGAAUCCCGAAUAUUCCACGGGAAACGUCGAAUAUCCGUGGCAUGGGCAUGAACUCCCCGGAGCUGCUGCUGCUGGUGGAGAAUUGCCCCAAGGGCGCCGAGACGUUGGUGACGCGCUGCCUGCACAGCCUGACCGACAAAGUGCCCCCCUCCCCCGAGCUGGUGAAGAGGGUCCGCGAUCUGUACCACAAGCGCCUGCCGGACGUGCGCUUCCUCAUCCCCGUCCUCAACGGGCUGGAGAAGAAAGAGGUGAUCCAGGCGCUGCCCAAACUCAUCAAACUCAACCCCAUCGUGGUGAAGGAGGUGUUCAACCGGCUGCUGGGGACACAGCACGGUGAGGCCAGUCUCUCUCAGUCCCCUCCCACUCCCUCCUAGUCCCUCCUAGCACCAUCCCAGUCCCUCCCAGUCCCUCCCAGUGGCUGCCACGGCCCCGCUGUCCCCGCAGCCACCAACCUGUGCUUCGCGGAGCGGAACGUUUACACGUCCGAGGUUCUGGCCGUGGUGAUGCAGCAGCUGAUGGAGCAGAGCCCGCUGCCCAUGCUGCUGAUGCGCACGGUGAUCCAGGCCCUGACCAUGUACCCCCGCCUGGGGGGCUUCGUCAUGAACAUCCUGUCCAGGCUCAUCAUGAAACAGGUGUGGAAGUACCCCAAGGUGUGGGAGGGUUUCAUCAAGUGCUGCCAGCGCACGAAGCCGCAGUCGUUCCAGGUGAUCCUGCAGCUGCCCCCCCCCCAGCUCGCCGCCGUCUUCGAGAAGUGCCCCGAGCUCCGGGAGCCCCUCCUGAGCCACGUGAGGGCCCUCACCCCCCACCAGCAAGCGCACAUCCCGCUGUCCACCAUGGCCAUCCUGGAGGCCACCACGCGCCACGAGCCCGAGGGGACACCUGGAGAGGUGGGGACACCUGGAGAGGUGGGGACACCUGGACAGGGCUCCGCCAUGAUGGCGGCGGCCGCUCCCGCCCGGGCCUGA